UAUCAAUUCAAUUCAAUGGCUUCUUCUUGUUCAUCAUCACUAAUCAUGCUCUUCUUCGUACUGAGCUUCGCUUUCGUUUUCGUUUUGAGUAUAGAUGUAUGCAGCGGCGCAAACUUCAACGAGAAGGUAGACAUAACCUGGGGCGACGGCAGAGCAAAAAUACUCAACAAUGGAGACCUUCUGAGUCUCUCCCUUGAUCAGCCCUCCGGCUCCGGUUUUCAGUCCAAGAAUCAAUACCUCUUCGGUAAAAUCGAUAUGCAGAUCAAACUCGUCUCCGGGAACUCCGCAGGCACAGUCACCGCCUACUACUUGAAAUCGCCUGGUUCGACUUGGGACGAAAUAGAUUUCGAAUUCUUGGGGAAUCUGAGCGGCGACCCUUACAUUCUUCACACCAAUGUGUUCAGUCAGGGAAAAGGAAACAGAGAGCAACAAUUCUACCUCUGGUUCGAUCCAACAGCAGAUUUCCACACCUAUUCAAUCUUAUGGAACCCACAACGAAUUAUAUUCUCAGUCGACGGAAUACCCAUUAGGGAAUUCAAGAACGCAGAGUCCAUCGGCGUUCCCUACUUAAAGAACCAGCCUAUGAGGAUCUAUUCAAGCCUAUGGAACGCCGAUGAUUGGGCAACCAGAGGUGGACUUGUCAAGACGGAUUGGACCAACGCUCCAUUCACCGCCUCUUACCGCAAUUUCAACGACGCCACCGCCUGCGUCUGGUCCGCUGCCGCCGGAAAGUCGUCAUGCAGCGACUCGUCCUCUGUCUCAAGUGGCAAUGCCUGGCUCAAUCAGCAGAUGGACACGACCGGCCAAGAGAAGUUGAGAUGGGUGCAGAAGAACUAUAUGGUUUAUAAUUACUGCAAUGACACUAAGAGGUUCCCUUUAGGGUUGCCGGCUGAAUGUUCCUUAUUAAGGGCAUAAUCUUAAACUUUAUACUCCACAUUUUUGUAUUUCAUUUUAUUCUUUUAUUUAAUUAUAUUCUUUUUCUUUUUUCUUUUUUCUGGUAGUAAUUGAAACAACUAUUUUAUUCUUUUAGAAAUUUAUGAUUCAAUCUUCUUUUU